CAACUCCCCGCCUUCCGCUCCCACCUCACUCUUCUCCCCUCUCUCUCUCUCCCUCUCUCUUUUUUCUUUCUCUUCUCAGAUUCUUGUUUGAGUUUUAUCUAAAAAGUAGUUGAUCCCAGCUGGUAUUGGUUUUCUAGUACUCGUUCUCUUUUUAUAGUCUCCGCACACACACUCAAACACACGCCUGUUUAUGACACUAUCAACCCUUUACUAACUGCAAUUCUUCCCUCAUUUCUCCUACAAAAAACAUAUUAGAACUGCUAAAGAAAGGUGGUGUGUAUGGUCUAGAUAUACUUGCAUUAGAGGAAUUGAGAUCCUGCUGAUCAUCAGGGGUUGCAUCCAACAGGGUUGAAAUAUGCAUGGAGAGGUGAUAAAUGAUGCAAAGAGAGGAAUCGAAAUUAGCUUUGGGUAUCAAUGCAGCUACGAGAAUGAUAACAAUUUAUCAAAUGGAAUUGACAUCCCUUGUGCAAUAAAAAGCCAAAAAACCAAUGGUUCAUUCUCUUAUUUGUCUGGUGCUGCUUUAAGUGCCAAUGCCACAUUGGCGAACACAAACAUUUGCAACGGAUUGAUUGGGGAAGAAAUAUUGCCAACAUGGGAUUCUCCUAAUUCAUUUCGGAGGAUUCCCUCAUCUCCAUCUCUCUCAAGGUUGGAUCUGUUGUCAUCUUCUCUUCAAAGUAGCAUGUCAAACUUGAGUUGCAGUCCAUCGACUCCUAAUGAGCUAUAUGGCUAUGAUUCCUUUUCUCCAAAGUCAACUAGUGCUCCAAAGAGUGAUGGCUUCCUGAACACAACAGAAGUAGAAGUUGCAGGCGGUGCUGCUGGAGAAGAUCGAGUCCAAGCUGUUUGUUCUGAAGAGAAUCGAUGGCUCUUUUGUGCCAUAUAUGAUGGCUUCAAUGGAAGAGAUGCAGCUGAUUUUCUUGCUGGAACGUUGUAUGAUACAAUAGGAUAUCAUCUUAACUUACUAGACUUGGAACUUGAUCAAGCAGUUAUUAAAGCAUCUGACUUGUCAAAUGCUAAUAAAUAUAUCCCUUAUGUCUGUGAAGAUGACAAUUGCUUUGUGACUAGAGAUUCAUUUGUGGAGCUUGAAAAAUCAUGCGGUCUAAUUAAGGAAAGAGUGCUUGGUAGUCUUCAACGUGCUCUUGCUCAAGCUGAGAAUGAUUUUCUACACAUGGUUGAACAAGAAAUGGAAGACCGCCCUGACUUAGUGUCUGUCGGAUCUUGUGUAUUGGUUGUACUUCUCCAUGGAAAGAACUUGUACGUACUAAAUGUAGGUGAUAGUAGAGCUGUAUUAGCGACAUGCGGUGAAUGCAGUGACAUGAAUUCUGAUGACGGGCUACUAGCUGUGCAGCUCUCUGAUACUCAUACUGUAGACAAUGAAGAAGAAAAAGCUCAACUUUUACAAGAUCAUCCUCAUGACUCAUCAAUCAUUGUAGGUGGAAGAGUCAAAGGGAAGUUGAAGGUCACUCGGGCGCUUGGAGUAGGCUACUUGAAGAAGAAGCAUAUGAAUGAUGUUUUGAUGGGCAUCCUUCAAGUUCGCAAUCUUCUCAGUCCUCCCUACAUAUCUGUACAACCAUCACUAAAAGUGCAUGAAAUUUCUGACUAUGAUCACUUCGCUGUUCUUGGGAGUGACGGUUUGUUUGACUUCUUCAGCAAUGAAGAAAUUGUAAAGCUUGUCUAUUCUUAUAUUUCAAGUUACCCUUCUGGUGAUCCAGCAAAGUUCCUUGUUGAGCAGCUUCUUGUAAGAGCAGCAGACUGUGCAGGUUUCACAAUUGAGGAGUUGAUGAGUAUUCCAGCUGGUAGGAGGAGGAAAUAUCACGAUGAUAUUACAGUAAUCGUGAUAAUCUUGGGGAUGAAUAAGAGAACGUCAAAAGCAUCUGCACGCUUAUUAUGACUGCAAGAAACUAGAAAAGGAGGGAGGAAAGUUACUCUUUUUUGUUUGGCAUUUGGUAGGAUAAACUACUAUUGAUUUGGAUUGUAUAUAAUUGCUCUUGUUCAUUAAGCAUCUCCAUCAAACAUCUCUAUCAAUCUGUAUAAGUUAUAAAUUGUUCUCCAAUUUCAUCAAUUGUUUUAAAAGCUUCA